AGAGAGAGAGAGAGAGAGAGAGAGAGAGAGAGAGAGAAUAUGUGAAGACUACCGGAUUAUUGAAAUGGUAAUUAGUAUAUCUAUAUAUUUUUUCUCUCUCUUUCUUCCUAAGACAAAGCUGGAUCAAUCAUGUAAAAAUUAUACUAGUUUGGGUCCUGACUGGUAGAUAUUUCACUAACUCACAGACAAAUAAAAAUAAAUAAAUAAAUAAACUGAAUCCAAAGUUGUGGUUUAUAUUCAUCAGUAAAACAAAAGAAUAAAAAAAUGGUGCUCAUCUGCCCAAAGCCAAGACAACAAGCCCUAGGUUCCCUCCCCACUCUGACCAAACAACUAUACAGAGGACUGAUUCACAAGGAAGGAGGAACACACUGGUACUGACAUGUAUUGUUGUGGCUUCCUCAGGUUGUCUCUUUCAGAAAACGCAAUAACAGUUAACAGCAACAGGUGGAGUCAUGACACGGCACUUUGUUGCUAUCGGCCCAGCCCAGAGAAAAUGUGGUGUUGUAGCAGCAAAUUAUAGAGAAUUCUUAAAAAAAUGCAGAAAAAAAUUUAAUUUAAAGCCACAGUUACACAACAAAGUUAUGAGUUACUUGCAAGAGCCAGUAAGUUCUAAGCAAGCAGCAACACUUUUGGAGGUCAUAGCCAAAAAUACAUACGAUUCCAUAGCGCAGACUUCAAAAGACAAUGAUCCUGAGUGGUUUAAAGGGUUAGACACAAGGUUUAAGACUAAGGAAGCUGUCAUGCGCAACAGUGCUGAGACAAGGAUGCGAAGUUAUCUACAACACACCGAGGGUGAACUGCUUGCCAAGAACCUCCCACCUGACUCCCCACAAAAAAAUGCAAUUCUCUUUUUUAAGGAAAAAUUGCACAAAUCUAAGUACAAUGCCAGUUACUUUGACCGCUCAGCUGUGUUGGAAACAGAACGUCUGUGUGACUCCCAUGGAACAUUUGAGUGUGAGGGGCCCUACAACCAACCCAAAUGUCCCGGCAUUCAUUACAUCAACCCCUAUGCCUCCAGGGAAGCCAGGAUUGUCUUCUCCACAUGGAAUUUUGAUCAUGUAAUUGAAAAAUCCAGAAGCAUCAUACCAGAAUUGAAAGCAGCUCUCUCAGGCCAAAGAGCAUCAUCUGUAAAUCUCCCAUAUUUUUAUGAUCUCCUCUUCCUCCACAAGAAUCCUUCUAGAGCUGCUCUGAAGACAAAUGGUAACUUGAAGCUAGUACACAUUGCUUGUCAUGUUAAAAAACCACAUGAAUGUCAAUGCAAGUCUGAGAAGAUAUUCUUAGACCAACGUAAUGACAUAGAUGGGCCGAGUCCACAACAGGAUACCAAGCCUAAACAACAGAGGGUAAAGAGGCCACAACCAAACUCAUGUACUUCACAAGAAGGAAGCAAGAAAUUACACAGGUCUAUAGACUGUUGGGUGCAGAAUGAUAACAGAUAAAAAGACAUGCAACUCCACUGACUUUUUUUUUUUUUUUUUUUUUAUAUAGGGACACUGGCCAAGGGCAACCAAAAAUCCAAUAAAAAAGAAAAAAUGCCCACUGAGAUGCCAGUCCCAUAAAAGGAUCCAAAGCAGUAGUCAAAAAUUGAAGGAUAAGUGUCUUGAAACUUCCCUCUUGAAGGAAUUCAAGUCAUAGGAAGGUGGAAAUACAGAAGCAGACACAGAGUUCCAGAGUUUACCAGAGAAAGGGAUGAAUGAUUGAGAAUACUGGUUAACUCUUGCAUUAGAGAGGUGGACAGAAUAGGGGUGAGAGAAUGAAGAAAGUCUUAUGCAGCAAGGCCGCAGGAGGAGGGGAGGUAUGCAGUUAAUAAGAUCAGAAGAGCAGUUAGCAUGAAAAUAGUGGUAGAAGACAGCUUGAGAUGCAACAUUGCAGCAAUGAGAGAGAGGCUGAAGACAGUCAGUUAGAGGAGAAGAGUUGAUGAGAUGAAAAGCUUUUGAUUCCACCCUGUCUACAAGAGCGGUAUGAGUGGAACCCCCCAGACAUGUGAAGCAUAGUCCAUACAUGGACAGAUAAGGCCUUUGUACAGAGUUAGCAGCUGGGGGAGUGACAAAAAAAUGGCAGACAUCUCAGAAUGCCUAACUUCAUAGAAGCUGUCUAAGCUAGAGAUGAGAUGUGAAGUUUCCAGUUCAGAUUAUAAGAAAAGGACAGACUGAGGAUGUUCAGUGUAGAAGAGGGGGGACAGUUGUGUCAUUGCUAGACCAUGACACAGUAAGUUCUUAAUUAGGUUAAGGCUGUACCCCCAAAAAUAUACCUGAUAACCACAUUUAUCACCACACAAAAAAUACAAGAAUGCAUUUCAUAUGUAUGCUGAGAAAAAGAUGUACAGAAUUUUCAUCUCAUCCCCAUGCUCUACAUGAUUGGUAUGUAAUUAUCUAUUCUAUUUCUAUCACUGUACUCUUAUAAAUUGCAUUCAUAUAGUACAUGCAACCUUAAAAUUCCUACAUAAUCAGUUUCUACCAGCUACUCAUCAUUAAUCCCUUCACGGGCAGGGCAGAUGUAUGUACGACCAAAUAAAAAAUCACCUAUACUGUAUAUAUCCUACUGAUCUUCAGUUAUAUAUCUGUAUAUAGUCCCCCACAUAUAAGCAUUGUAAACUGAUGUCUAUAAAUAGCCUCUGCUAUGAAGAAACUUGAUGUCUACACAUGAAAAGACUUAGCAAAAUCAUGCACAGUUCCAGUGUGUCUGAAUAAGCCUGAAAUGUGAUGACAAACAAGCUUACUUUCAAAACAUCCAUAUAAAGAUCCUAUGCCAAGGUGGUUUAAAAAUACAUUCAAGUGGGUGUCAGAGUGGGUGACUUCUUAAAAUUCUUGCAAGGCAUAUUCUUGAAAAUUCAGUUCAUGAUCUUUGAUUAGCAUAUCUUCCAUAUGACCAUUAAGACCUGUUCACAUGAUAGGGAAGUGCCUAACAGGAAACAAUGUUACCAAAACAUAUUCUAAAAUAUAGCAAUUCCUCCUA